AUGAAAUUGUUUACCUUUCUCUUUCAAGUACCUUUACUCCUCGGUGAUAGCCAAGGAGCAAAUAAUUCCAUCAAAACCAUCUAUCAAUUCCCGCAACCAGUCUUCAUCGAGAAUAUCCACACUCGAGAUAAUGGUCACCUAUUACUUAGUACUCUCGCAAAUGGUACUUUGGUAACGAUUGAUCCUGUAGCCGCGACGCCAUCACCAGUUCCAGUUGUUACUAUCAGCGAUAGCCCUAGCUAUGCUCUCACAGGCAUAGCAACAAUUGACAGAAACCUCUACGCCGUAAGUGGUGGUAUACAUUUACCGUACGCCUUUGUAAAUGACAGUAUGAGCAUUUAUGCCGUAUCUAUACCAGAGAACCCACAUGACGGCAGCGCAGGAGUCAUUGAUACCAUCCCCAUCACCAAUCCCAACAGACAACUACUGAACGGAAUGGCCGCAUUGCCAGCCACACCAUGGGUAGUACUGAGUGCCGAGUCCCUCUGUGGCUGUAUCUAUCGCACCAAUACCCGUACCCGAGCCUUCGAUAUUGCAUUUUCGGAUCCAGCAUUUGCUUCAACCAACUCUGAACUGCCAGUUGGGAUAAACGGUAUCCAGAUACGUCACAACUAUGUAUACUUCACCAACUCGGAUCAAGGAACCUUUGGCCGCGUAAAGAUCAAUCGUGAUGGUAGCAAAGCGGGGAAAGUUGAGGUGAUUGCGAAAUACCAGGGUACAUUAAGUCUUACUGCUGCGUAUGAUGACUUUACGUUUGAUGAUGAAGGAAAUGCAUAUGUGGCAUCACACCCUAACUCCGUGGUGAAGAUCACCCCGCAUGGAGUACAGACGACAAUUGCAGGUGGUGGUAACAGUACGCUUCUUUUGGGUCCGACUGCACUGACAAUAUCGCGAGAUGGGAAGUUUAUUUAUGUUGUUACUGGAGGUACAAGUACGGUACCUAGUGGUGGCCAGAUCGUUCGAAUAUCGAUUUGA